UAGUGCAGCAUGGAUAACCCGGUGCCUGGUGGCAUCUGAUCCAACGGUCAGAAAACGAUCUCCGGUCAUUCUCCUCGCAGACUGCCACGUGUCGUCAGGUCUACGUCGAAAGUUCCCGACCGGAGGAGAGAAGAGAAGGAAUUUCAGAGGAAACAUUAAAACCCGGGAAAAACCUCCGGCGAAACACCUAGGGCGGAGAGGAUGAGCGUCAUCGAUUUGAUCACUAGGGUUGACGCCAUCUGCAAGAAGUACGACAAGUAUGACGUCGACAAACAGAGAGAAGCUAAUGUCUCCGGCGACGACCCUUUCGCCCGCCUCUUCGCCGCCGUCGACUCCUCCCUCGAGACUGUUCUUCAGAAAGCGGAGGCUGUCUCUUCGGAGACGAAUAGGGCUAAAGCUGUAGCGACGAACGCGGAGAUUCGGAGGACUAAAGCUCGUUUGCUCGAAGAAAUCCCCAAGCUUCAGAGACUAUCUCUCAAAAAGAUCAAGGGGCUUUCAAAAGAAGAGCUUGAGGCUCGAAAUGACUUGGUCUUGUCUUUAAGAGAGAGGGUCGAGGCUAUACCAGAUGGCUCAGAGGCUCCAGCUAAGGGGACUAGCGGUUGGGCAACGUCAACUUCAUACUCGGCUCUCAGAAUCGAAACGACCACCUCGGAUGAAAGAUUUGAUAGUGUAUACUUCCAGCAAACUAAAGAGUCUGGCCAGUUCAGACAAGAAUAUGAGAUGAGAAGGAUAAAACAGGAUCAAGGACUGGAUACCAUAGCUGAGGGAUUGGAUACUCUGAAGGAUAUGGCUCAUGACUUUAAUGAGGAAUUUGAUAGACAAGCACCGCUUAUGGAUGAAAUAGAUACAAAGGUCGACAAGGCAACUACUGACCUGAAAAGCACCAAUGUGAGGCUCAGGGAUACAGUAACCAAGCUGAGAUCGAGCCGUAACUUCUGCCUGGACAUCAUCCUCUUGUGUAUAAUCCUAGGAAUUGCUGCCUACAUAUACAACGCCCUGAAGUGAGGACUGACUGAUGAUGUCGGAAUCAUCUGCGGGCAUGGACUCGCCAUCUCGACCGCAGUUGACGGAGAUUAUGUAUAUACGUGUAUAUCUACGGUCAAGGGAGGAAUCUUCUGUGUUUCUUUUUAUCUGUACAGUAAGCUGUGUACUUUUAGACCUCUGGUGUUUAUUUUUAGGGUUUAUAAAGAUGUUGAGAUUGCCUCUUUAAACGAAUUGAUCUUUGAUAAGAUAAAGUGGGAUUUUUGUGUUA